AAGAUAAUAAAAAAAAGUAGAAAGAAAUUGAAGAACCGAAGCAUCUGAAAUUCUAAACCACCAAGAAACCCUGCCUUGUCUUCCCUUUCCCUAAGCCUCUCUUCCCCUUUCUAUCAACAUCUACUUCUAAGUUCUAAAUUUCUAAUAAAUCUUAGUUUCAUAACAUUUCAUUGCAUUUUUAUUGUGAGAAAAUAAUCUUGCUUUUACCCAGAUUUUUGAAGAAAAAUCAAGCUCAUUUUAAUGGAAGAAUCAAGAGAGAGAAAACUGACUCUUGUUACAACAAAACCCUGUUUUGGGCUUCCCACUGGUUGCUCUAAUUGUUUGCCUGUUUAUUUUUAUCUCAAAUUUGCACGUCUUCCUUUUGAUUUGUACUUUCAUUCCACUUUUCCUGAUUCAGAUCAAAUUCCAUUUGUUGAAUCUGACUCUUAUGUGGCGUACAACAACGAGAAAGGUGGAGUCAUUGAUUGCUUAAGAGAAGAUGGUAUUGUUGAUUUGGACUCUGAUUUUAGCACAAUCCCUGAAUGGAUAUCAAUGAAGGCGAUGGUUAGCAGCUGGCUUGUGGAUGCUCUUGUAUAUGAGCUUUGGAUAGCUUCAGAUAAAACUUCUGUACAAAAGAUCUACUUGUCUGACCUCCCAUGGCCCAUUGGAACUAUUCUCUACUUAAAGAAAACUCUUUCUGUAAAGCGUCAUUUUGGGAUCACUGAUGAAAAUUCUGAGAGAAUAGAAACUGAGAUCUAUAGGAAGGCAAGCUUAGCAUAUGGAGCUCUUUCAACUCAGUUGGGGGACGGCUCUUUUCUCUUUGGAGACAGGCCCAGUAGUUUGGAUGCUUUAUUCCUUGGGCACGCGCUGAUUGCCCUUCGAGCUUUACCUGAUGCAUCAGUUUUGAAGAGCAAGCUUUUGGAUUUCAGCAAUCUUGUGAAAUACGCUGAGCAGCUCCGAACUGAGCUCAUAGACGGUUCAGCGCAAUCAGCAGCUCCAGCUUGGUCAAAAGUUCCACCAUCUGACGGACACCCGUCAUCUUCAACAGACAAGUCAGGAGGCUUUUCGAAUUGGAGUUCAAAGCCAAAAAGUAAACCUAAAAAGGAAAGGUCAGAGGAAGAGAAGAAGUUCAGACGUAGGGCCAAAUACUUCCUAGGAGCUCAGUUAGUUUCUGUUCUCGUGUUCUUGUCACUUUUCAGUGGCUCUGAUACAGGUGAAGUGGACUACGAUGGAGACGAUGAUGGUGUAGAUUACCUCGAUUAAGUCCAUAAUAGCUUACUAUAUUGAGGCUCGGUUACUUCACAAUCCAAUUUGACCAGCUUUUCUCAUCAUUUUUGUAAGAUGUCGACGUAAUAACUCCCAUCCCUUUUCUCAUUGUUCUGCAUGGGAAAUUCUGGAAUUUUGUUCACUGUAGGAGGGAUUUGUUCCCAUGUUUUUCUUCAAAACUUUUCUCCCUGAAAGAUAAGAGUUGAUUCAGUUGUCAUAAGCAGGCUUUUCGGCUAAUCAUGUUUAGAACAAAGUAUACAUUUUUUUUUCUGAGUUUGUGGAGGCCUGUUAUACUAAAUUUGAUUGCAAAUAUUGACUUGGGUGAACUAGAACAAGGUUUCUUUUGGAUUUUGGCUGUACAAAAUGUUGUAAUUCUGGAUUUUUUUUUGGAAUUUUGAAGACGUUCCGCGGAUUCCAAAUGGAACAUUAUCUAGCAAAAUAGAACUGUAAAAAUGAAUUUUGCUGAAAAGAAUGUUUGCAAUAAUAAAUUUUACUAAUUUUACUGUAA